AGAAAGCCAAGCGAAUCCGCAACCGUUUCGGUCUGUCACCUUUAAUCUCUGUCCGUACACUGAAAUCACUCCUGCUGUGGGCGUCAUAGAUGGCUUCCCUUCUUUUGAUUGUUCUUCUCUUGGCGUUUACGUGGCCUUUCUGUGAUUGUUCCACCCAAGUUAUCAGGAAGGAGUUAAGAAUUAAUAAAGUGGUGAACCAGGAAACUACUGUACAAUUGGGCCAUUCAAUUGAAUAUAACAGAGUUGACCCGUCACGAGUUAUCCAACUUUCAUGGCAACCAAGGGCUUUCUUAUACAGAGGAUUUCUAUCUGAUGAGGAGUGUGAUCACCUUAUUUUUUUGGCACGUGGCAAGAAAGAGGAGCUUGCAACAAAUGGUGGUGACUCAGGGAAUGUUGUCAUGAAGAGGCUGCUUAAAAGUUCAGAAGGUCCCUUGUAUAUAGAUGAUGAAGUGGCUGCAAGGAUUGAGAAAAGGAUUUCGGCUUGGACUUUUCUUCCUAAAGAAAACAGUGAGCCUUUGGAGGUUGUGCAGUACCAGUUUGAAAAUGCCAAACAGAAAUAUAACUAUUUUAGUAAUAAAUCCACAUCGAAAUUCGGUGAGCCUUUGAUGGCAACAGUUCUGUUGCAUCUCUCAAAUGUCACCAGGGGCGGAGAGCUUUUCUUCCCAGAGUCAGAGUUAAAAAAUUCCCAGUCAAAGAGUGGGAUAUUAUCUGAUUGUACAGAGAGUAGUUCUGGCUUGAGACCUGUUAAAGGGAAUGCAAUUCUAUUUUUCAACGUUCAUCCUAAUGCUUCACCUGAUAAGAGUAGCUCCUAUGCUAGAUGCCCUGUCCUCGAGGGAGAAAUGUGGUGUGCUACCAAAUUCUUUCACCUAAGAGCAAUUGGAAGGGAAAAUGUUUCAUUCGAGUCAGAUGGAGGUGAAUGCACCGAUGAGGAUGAAAAUUGUCCAAAGUGGGCUAGCAUUGGAGAAUGUCAAAGGAAUCCUAUCUACAUGAUUGGGUCCCCAGAUUACUCUGGGACAUGUAGGAAGAGUUGCAAUGUUUGCUGAUGGGCAACCUCACAUGCCUAUUCCUUUGAUUUUUUCUUGAGAAAAAAGUCAGCGUCUUCUAAGGCUUGUUCUAUACCCCAUCAUUUCAGCUUUUUUGUCAGAUUAAAGAAAAUUUUGUUGUAGGAUUGUUGAACAACUUAUAUUAUGUGAUCGGUGUGACAAUAAAAAAAUAUGCAAUUGGAGUUGAUUACCACUA